ACAUUCACAACCGUUUGCCAUCCUCUGAUCCUCCAAGCUUGGCCGUUUUGCUUUUGGUCGGCUCGUUGAUUUUUGGGAAAUUGUCUUCAUCCGCGUCAAUUUGUUUGCCAGCCGUGAUGGAUGCGCUCGUGUGAACCGCAGCAAUCGUGUUCCAUCGAUGACGGAUUGAAAGACUUGGAACAAUUUCUCUCCGAAUUUUGCUUUGGCGAGUAUUUCCGUCUCUCUUAUUUUCCCCUCUCCAUUUUCUCGGAGCUUUCGCUGGAAGGAAAGAAAGAAAGAAAGAAACAAAGAGCGGCCGGAGGCGGGUGGAAGCGGCCCGGUUACACGCAUCAUGGAUCACUGGACAAUAUCGUUGAUGGCCUGCACUCUGGCCGCCUUUGCCGCUACGUCGGCUGUUUAUUCCCAGCAGCAACCCGUGCUGAUGUCUGAAGUGGAUAUCGCCGCUUUGGAUAUCGCCGGCCAUCAUUUCGACAUUGAUUCUCCUUCGGACGAGAUGACGGCUUGCUAUUACUGCAUCAACGUUUCCAGCAACGAAAUGUGUAAUCGCUUCGCCAUAGAAACACCUUGCUCAACAGCUGACGAUUAUUCGAGUGAUAUGACGGUGUGCUACACAUUUCACGUGAUGGACGAGCGGGGGAAGACGGUGACUGUCACUAAACAGUGUGCAACUACCGAGACGUGUUCCUCACAAGUCGGUUGUCGCCCAGAUAAAGCAACCAACCAAACGGUGUGCGUCAGCUGCUGCGAUUUGAAUUACUGCAACGUGGAAGUGGCGUUCAACGCCAGUGAUGCCGUGUUCCAGCGCUCCAAUGAUGAGACGGCCGCUUUCUCAACGGCGACGAGAUCCGCCGAUGGCGCACGCUGGGCCCUAAUACAUCAGUCACUUAUUUUCUGUUUACUCGCCUUCCUGUCGUCGUCAAUCUGAUCGAUCCUUCUCAGUCGUCGCUCAUUUGAAGCUCUACACACACACACACACAAUUUCCUUAACACCCAAUCAGUUCAGUACGUUUCGGGGGAGAACCUCUCGGUGUCUAAUGCGCUCGAGAUGUAUCCGGCAGAUGUGCCGUAUCAUGGCGGAAUUUGAAUUGCGCGCGCUAAACUCCGUUUCCUUCAUUUCUGGGGUGGUUUUUUGUUUCUGAAUAGCCGACGAAGGACCAUGGGAAAUGACAUGCUGUUGCUGAUGUUUUCUUUUUCAAUUUGGGCUUGGUGUCGUGGUCCUUAAAGGGAAGACGUUGCUGGCAUCCCGGUCACGCCGACGCGAUAAGGCCCUACGGCACGCGUCGUGCCUUAUCACCCGUCAUGCAGUUAUGUCAAGUCUAUUAACAGUUGAGGGUGGAAAAAAACAAACAAAGUGGGACGGGUUGUUUGUUUUUUUCACCCCCCAAGCAGCGCAGAAAGCCAGAAAAUAAAACAACAAGAAAAUAAGUACGAGAGAAAGACAAAACAGGAUCGGCUAUACAAGGAAGAAAAGUGUUUCACGCGGGAUUCAAACACGCGUCAAGCCUCUUCGCAGAGAAUAAACUUUUUUCCUUCCCCCCUCCACUUUCACUUUACGCCAGUUACACACACAACCACUUGAGUUGAUCCGAGAUUUGACGCCGAACGCCACGCCCUUUAUUGUUCCUUCAUUCAUCGUUUUGACACGGACCAUUUUCACGCCAGCUGUGCAACGCUCGCGCAGUACCGUAAACACUUCACAGUCGGAUUUCCAAAAGUACCCCCUCUCUCAACCGAAAAAAAACUUUCAAUGUCGUUCACACUUGAUUCCUUGUUAUACCUGCUAGUGCAAAGCUGAAUUUUGUCGGGGCGUAUAAACUUCGAUUAUAUGGCGGUCGGGUUGCGUCAUUGUGCAGAGCGUCUAUUGCAUCCGAACACGCGGGAUCGGCUGAGAUCCGCAGAAAGACGAUCGAUAUGAAGAGAGGUUCUUUUCAACCGCAUUUCAUGUCGGCUCCUUAUUCUCGAGGAGACGAGUGAAGGACAAAAUCUAAAUUGAAAAAAAAAAAAAAAAAAAAAAAAACAAGAAAAACAACUAAA